AUGUCUUCUAAGACGGGAAAUUUCAAAAAUCCUUUCUCCAGACCAUGGAUGACGGAGACUGGAGCAGCGGCAGCGGCAGGAAGUGGUUCCAUUGGAUUGAAAGGAGUAGUCGCUGGCGGAAUAACUGGUGGCAUUGAAAUUUGUAUUACAUUCCCGACCGAAUAUGUAAAAACACAACUACAAUUAGACGAAAAAGGUGGAACCAAAAGGUACUCGGGUAUAGUUGACUGCGUCCAAAAAACUGUCAAGGGUCAUGGUUUUCUCGGCCUCUACCGUGGUCUCAGCGUGCUUCUGUAUGGCUCUAUACCAAAGUCUGCCGUCAGAUUCGGAGUAUUCGAACAAGCGAAGCUUUAUAUGGUGAAUGAAAAUGGUACUCUAUCAAACUCGGGGAAGCUGAUGUGUGGUCUGGCAGCUGGUGUCGCCGAAGCUAUCUUCGCAGUCACACCCAUGGAGACUGUUAAGGUCAAGUUCAUCAAUGACAUGCGGAUGGAAAAGCCAAGAUUCAAAGGAUUCUUCCAUGGCGUCCGAACCAUUGUGCGUGAGGAAGGCGUGGGCGGCGUAUACAAGGGUGUGUCGGCGACGAUAAUGAAGCAGGGCAGCAACCAGGCCAUCAGGUUCUUCGUGAUGGAGUCUCUCCGCGAUUGGUACAAGGGCGGGGAUAGGGACAAACCCGUGCCCAAGUACAUCGUGGCGCUGUUCGGUGGUGUCGCCGGUGCGACGUCAGUGUUCGGAAACACCCCCAUCGACGUGGUGAAGACCAGGAUGCAGGGUCUCGAAGCCGCCAAGUACAAGAGCACCUGGGACUGUUUCAUCAAGACCUGGAAGCACGAGGGACCCCUCGCCUUCUACAAGGGAACCGUCCCUAGACUCAGCAGAGUAGUGUUCGACGUGGCCAUCACCUUCACCAUAUACGACAGCAUCAUGGACGUCUUCAACUACGUUUGGAAGUAA